UUGCGCAUAUUAGUUUGGAUGAAGACAAUUGUAGCGCAUGGAGGUAAAGCCUUGCAGCGCUCUAACGCGGCCACAAGGCGGCGCCAUCGCCGCGUUGCGUCACCCCAAACGUUUUCUUUUGUAAACGUUGACCGGAAGUGCGCUACCGCUGCGCGUAGCUCGACGCUGCCUACUACACGCUAGUCCGUGUGUCAUGACGAGUUGCGUUUACAAACCGGAUAAUGCGGCGCUACAUCCGUGCACUGACGCUGUGCACGGUGUUUGCCGUGUUCUCCGGCUUGUACGUGUACAGUAAGUUGUUCUCCUCGGACGUGUCGCCCGGAGGAAGCGGCUCCAGGAAGGGGUUGGUCCCGCAGAGGGCUCCCAGAGCCCGGCGAGGGCCAGCGGGCAACGCUGGGCCCCAGGGGCCGCACUGGUACAAUAGGUACAUCAUGCGUCAGUGGGGUCACAAGGAUGCUGCUCAGAGCAGACCCGAGCCUCCCAUGCACCUGGCUGUUGUCGCAUGUGGUGACAGAUUGGAGGAGACCGUCACAAUGAUCAAGUCUGCUGUGCUUUUUAGCAUCAAACCCCUCUACCUGCACAUCUUUGCUGAAGAUCAGCUGCAUGCAAGUUUCAUGGAGGCUAUGGAGUCAUGGCCUGGCUUUAUUCGAUCUAAGUUCAACUACACCGUCUACUCCAUCAGCUUCCCCAGCGAGAACGCAGCAGAGUGGAAGAAGCUCUUCAAACCCUGUGCUUCACAGAGGCUCUUUCUACCUCUUAUUCUAAAGGACGUGGACUCCGUCCUGUAUGUGGACUCAGACAUUCUCUUCCUGCAACCUGUGGAUCGUUUGUGGGCAUUCCUAUCAGAGUUCAAUUCCUCCCAGCUGGCUGCCAUGGCCCCUGAGCACGAGGAGCCUCGGAUUGCCUGGUACAACCGCUUCGCCCGCCACCCUUUCUAUGGCAGGACCGGUGUCAACUCAGGGGUCAUGCUAAUGAAUAUGACAAGGAUGAGGGCCACAUUAUUUAAGAACGACAUGACAUCAGUGGGGUUGCAUUGGGAGGAGCUGCUGAUGCCCUUACUGCAGAAAUACAAGCUGAAUAUAACCUGGGGUGACCAGGACCUGCUCAAUAUAGUCUUUCACCACAACCCUGAGUCCAUGCUGGAGUUUUCGUGCCAGUGGAAUUAUCGUCCAGAUCAUUGUAUCUAUGGCAGCAACUGCGCAUCAGCUGAAGAGGAUGGCAUCUACGUACUGCACGGAAACAGAGGGGUUUACCACGACCACAAGCAGCCUGCCUUCAGAGCCAUUUAUCAAGCCAUUCGCAAGUACUCCUUCGGUACCGACCCCUUGACUUCUUUGUUGGAUCCCCUGCAAAAGGAUCUGCUGAAGACGACACACACGUACUGUGGUAAAUCCCACACGCUCUUCACAAAGAGACUGGCUCACAGCCUGGCAGACGUCAACAGGAAGGUUCCACGUGGAGCGUGAGGAAAACCAACCAGCACAUUGGCCUCACGUUGCUAAACAGGCUCACCAGUAUAACGAGUAUAUAUCAAGAAACAGUUUUUGCACCUUUACUCAAAGAAAUGCAACUUACUUAGUAAUAAGUAAACAAGUUGCGUUUUUCACUCUUCCCCUUGUCUAAGAAUGCACAUGUUUACCUCCUGUAAAUUGCCUGGAAUCUAGUGUAAAUGUUUUUGCCGGCUGUAACAAAGCGGAUGCACUGAACUUUGCUCCACGUGUCCACAUGGAUAUUUUGGAGUGGCGUUUGUGCUAACAAGCAUCUAAACUCUUCAACUGAAUCCCCUUUGGGUACUGACUGAAUGUGUGAUAUACCUGUAAAAGUAAAGGCUCGGGGGAGUAGCUCUUAACUUUCCAUAUUGGAGAUUUAUUGAACUGUGUUAAACUGUUUUUCUAAAUGAUCCAUUUCAGAGACGUUUGCACUGGAUCACCUUCCAAAACCACAACCAGAAUGUGUAAAGUUGUUAAACCGCUCAAAGUAAUUGUUUAAAUUUAUUAUGGGAGUUUCCUCUAUUUUAUUGGCAGGUGUUGAUGCUUUCUACUGUUUUACAAAGGUCAUAUCAAGAAAUAAUACUGUCACACCGUGCCUCUGUUAGUUUUACUGCUGUGUUUUUGUCAUGUCCGGCUCGUAUUUUAUGAUUCUAUAAAUAGUCAGACUAUAUGUGCACAUAUGCUGUAAAUUCUUCGGUUAGUUUAAGAUACAUAGAUUCAUGAAGAGCUGAAUAUUUUAGCGUGUAAAGGUUUUAACAAAUCCUGCUGAUCAUUUCAAUAAGCUACGUGUUUCCUCCUGAUGCCAAAGUAUUUGUUUUUUAUAUAAAUGUGUGUUUUGCACCACUGAAUGUAAUUUUUAACACCAAGUGCUGGAUUUUAAAUGCUGACUGUACAGUUAGUUUGUUGGUAAGCAUAUAAUUUGUGAAAUGACCAAGUUACUUGUUUAUUGUAUUAAAUGCUGUUUAUAUAUUAAA